AUGAAACGGUCAACACAUUUGAUGAUUGGCAUCGUCUAUUAUAUGUCUCAACUACUGGGUGUGUUGGCCUUUUCCUACAACUAUGACACUGGUAAAUUGCAAACAACAAUUGGCAUCACCAUCUACAGCUGCAUGGUAAGCGUGCUGAUGUUUUGCUCUUUGCCCAUACUAUUUCGUGUACAAUGGAAACCCAGAAAUGUCAAUGGUCCCGAAUUGCACUAUAAAAUCAAUGCCUUAAUGUGUUUGCUACACAUAGUCGCUGUCUUAAUCACAGUGUUAUUGAAUUGGUCCAAACGCAAGGAAUAUAUAAGAACCAUAAGAGAUUUUCAACAUGCACGAAAUAGAUUAUUACAAAAGUUUGUAAUGUCCGAUAAAGUGCAACAGUAUUUCGAAAAAUCUAUAAGAUCGAAGUUUUAUUGGGGUUUAAUGUACAACAUAAUAACAUUUGUGGCUUCGUAUGAUAUACUACGAGGUAUUUUUGAUAUUGAAUCACCCAUAAUAAUAAUGGGUUUGGGUGCUAUAGCCACUGUUUUGAAUAUCAUAAUGACCCACUACUUUUUCGCUUUACUCAAUGUCAAUGUCCUUUUGGCAGUCAUCAAUGAGGAGCUCAAGAGAAUAUUAAAUACCUCCUCACAGCUGUUUAAGCUACAACGUUUGAAACAAAUUAAACCGGGAAUCUUAAUAACAACAUGUUGCCAAUUGGCCGAUGAAUUACAAGAUCUGGCCAUUAAUCAAUAUAAUUUACAAAAUAUUGGAGAUCGUGUUAAUCGCAUGUAUGAUUUGCAGGGUUCUUGUGUUGUGCUGACUUUGUAUAUGAAUAAUAUCAGCGUCAUUUACAUGACCUACAUGAUGUUGCUGCAUGAGGAGCUGUCACAGGAUUAUGGUACAAUCACGGUUAUGAUAAUUAUGCCAAUAGCAGUGUUUUUCUACUACAUGGAUUUGCGUAUAUUCACGGAGAGUAUGUUGAAUUUUGGAGACUGUGUGAAGAACACAAAGGAUUUGUUGAAAAAUCUCCAACAUUGCUUGCCAACAUUGGACGAGAGAUUUGAAAAGAGUCACAUUCGUUAA